GGUGACUCCAUGCUCGAAAUCAGGGACACUGCUCUAAAAUCAAGAGUUUCUAUUCAAUAUGCCCUUUGUAAAGAGCCCAAGGAUGGUGGAACCUUUAUGGAUGGAAUGGGACAGGAAAGCACAAAAGUCUGGCCUAAGACAUUCGGUGUAUAGUGUAAAUGGAGAUCAUUAUACAGGAGAGUGGCUCAACAAUUUAAAACAUGGGAAAGGCACUUACAUAUGGAAAAGCAAAAAUUCCAUUUAUGAGGGUGAUUGGAAAUGUGGGAAACGAAGUGGAUUUGGAACAUACAGCAUUUUGAAUCCUGACACUGGUGAAUAUGUGAAAGUCUAUUCUGGUUCCUGGAAAAAUGACAAAAAAGAGGGAUAUGGGACUAAUUUCUACACAGACACAGAAUAUUAUGAGGGUGAUUGGAGAUCCGGGGAAAAAAGUGGCUGGGGAAGAAUGUAUUUUGCUAAUGGAAAUAUUUAUGAAGGAGAAUGGCUGGAAGACAAGCAGAAUGGACAGGGCAUGCUGCAGCUAGCAAAUGCAAAUCGUUAUGAGGGUUCUUGGAUGGGAGGAAAAAAACACGGUCCUGGCAAGUUCUACUACUUAGAUAAAGGGCAGCUGUAUGAAGGUGUUUGGGUAGAAGAUAUCCCCAAAUGUGGAACAAUGAUUGACUUUGGACGAGCAGAAGCACCUUUACCAACAAUGUACCCAAUUCCUGAGGUGAAACUUGAAGAUCCUGAUGGAGUUUUAGAACAAGUUCAGACAUCAUAUCUCAAUCAAAAAUGAGCUUCUCUACAGAUGAUGCUUAUGAACUGAAGUCAUAUCAAGGCAACUGUCGCAACAGACAAACGACACAUUUUUUAAAAACUAAAAAAAAGACAAAAACACACAGUGCAAUGUAUAUAAUAAAAAUGCAUUUAUUCUA